AUGCCAAGUGACAAGUUCUGUAUCAACUGUAACAACUGGAAGGGGCCUUCAACAUCUCAUUGCAAAGCUUGUGACAGAUGUAUCUACCGAAUGGAUCAUCACUGUCCGCAUAUUGGACAAUGUGUCGGAGCACACAAUCAGAGUCAUUUCUUCCUGUUUUUGUUCUACCUUCUAAUCGGGACUGGACUCUUCUUCUUGUUGGCACCCACGUUUUGGUGGGAAUGGAUUCAGACACGAAAAGAGUUGAUGGAGAUUCCUAAAGAGAUGUGUUGGCCGCCUUACUGCUUCAAUAGAUUCUAUUAUCUUAUCUAUCGUUCAUAUGGGAAAGAAGAUACACUCAUCAAGUUCUGUUGCUUCCUUUUCAUAAUGCUUCAUUGGAUAAUGUGGGGAUUCGUUGGUGUCUACACGUGGAUUAUUUCAAGUGGACUGACGAUGGCAAUGAGAAUGUUCCAAAAGACUGAUGCUGAAUCUCGUAAACAGCUUAACUGGAUUACUGUGAAAACUCGUUGGAGGAAAUAUAUGAACUGCCAAGAGCAACCUCUUUGGAAAGUGUUCUUCAUUCCAAUAUCUCGCCGAUUGGUUUCUUAUCAAGACUACAAAGAGAUGAUUAUGUAA